AUCCAAGGGCUCAAAAUAAGCUGGCUGGAGAAGGCUGGAGACAAUGGUGCAGGAGAGGAUCGGCAUCCGUCAUGCCGCUUCUUCACUCUCUUUCUCUCUCACUCUACACUCUCUCAAGUCUCUACACAUGCUUUGCUUAGAUACUUAGAUGCUGGUUGUUGGUAGACAGUGUUCUUUGUGUACAGAAAAUGUUCUGUAUGAGAGAUGUGUAUUGCAAACAGUUUGAAUGCACAGUUGAAUUAGUAUGCUACCAAGGGGAUUCUUCUGGCUGUUAAAUGAUGUUUAAAAUUUGAUACAAGGUAAAAGAAAUUGGAAGUUAUGGAAGAAAUACAGUCUCAGUCAGAUCAUUAUAGAUCUUCAUCAUUAUCGGCAAGCAGCCCAGCAAGUAGGGUGCCAUCAAGUAACUUUUUCUAUCUGCGUAAGCCUGGUUCACUCAUGCAGCCAAUUUCUUUUGAGGAUUCACCUGAGUGGGAUGAUACUGAUAUUGAUGUUAGAGUUGAGGAAGGAGGUGACUCUAUCAAUGUUGCAUCAACGCUGGCUUCUCCUUCUCUUUCAAAGCUCAACAGCAGGUCCCUGCAGUCCCCAUACCUACCGGAGGGUGCUGUUAUUCCACGGAAAAUUGCUGGGGCUUCUGUAGCCUGGAAAGAUUUGACCGUUACAAUAAAGGGGAAAAGGAAGUACUCUGAUAAGGUUAUUAAGAGUUCAACUGGUUAUGCGUUACCUGGUACCAUGACCGUGAUUAUGGGGCCUGCUAAAUCAGAGAAAUCUACCUUAUUACGAGCCAUUGCAGGAAGAUUGCAUCCUUCUACCAGGAUGUAUGGUGAAGUUUUUGUAAAUGGAGCAAAAUCACAAAUGCCCUAUGGGUCAUAUGUUUAUGUGGAGAGAGAAACCACUUUGAUUGGAUCCCUCACUGUGCGGGAGUUUCUGUAUUAUUCAGCUCUGCUUCAGCUUCCUGGUUUCUUUUGUCAGAAAAAGAGUGUGGUAGAGUAUGCUAUACAUGCAAUGUCUUUAGGUGAUCAUGCAAAUAAACUUAUAGGUGGACAUUGUUAUAUGAAAGGACUUCCUAGUGGGGAGAGAAGGCUUGUUAGCAUUGCCAGGGAGCUUGUGAUGAGACCACGUAUUUUAUUUAUUGAUGAACCUCUUUAUCAUUUGAACAGUGUCUCAGCACUUUUAAUGAUGGUUACAUUGAAGAGACUUGCAAGCACUGGUUACACUCUCAUAUUGACCAUCUAUCAGAGCAGCACAGAAGUCUUUGGCCUUUUUUACCACAUAUGUCUACUUUCAAAUGGAAACACCCUCUUCUUUGGAGAAACAUUAGCUUGCUUGCAGCACUUCUCAAAUGCUGGAUUUCCUUGCCCAAUCAUGCAAAGUCCUUCUGAUCACUUUCUACGUGCAAUUAAUACAGAUUUUGACAGGAUUAUUGCAAUGUGUAAAAACUGGCAGGAUGACAAUGGAGAUUUUUCUUCUGUGAACAUGGACACUGCUGUUGCUAUACGCACGCUUGAAGCAACUUAUAAGUCAUCAGCAGAUGCAGCUGCUGUUGAAACUAUGAUUCUGAAACUUGCUGAGAAGGUCCAGUUCUCAAAAGCAAAGGUAAAGCUAGCAAAUAGCAAUGCUAAUUGGAUAGCAGUUUUGAUAUGGAGAUCUUUAUUAGUUGUGUCAAGGGAAUGGAAAUAUUGUUGGCUGCAUCUUAUUCUUUAUAUGCUUCUCACGCUGUGUAUUGGAACUGUAUUUUCUGGUCUGGGGCAUUCUCUGUCUUCUGUUGUGACAAGAGUUGCAGCAAUUUUUGUAUUUGCAUCAUUCUCUUCCCUUCUAAGCAUUGCCAGGGUGCCUGCACUUAAGAAAGAAAUCAAGGUUCGUUUCAUUAUUGGAGUUGAUGGACCUAAGCGUGUGCGGUUGGAAGAGAUGAGAGAAAAGCAUUCUCUUCAAGAUCGAGUUGAAAUGUUGGGAGCUGUGCAACAUGUACAAGUCUGAUCUGUUCUAAUAUCUGGGCACAUCUUCUUAAACAGUUCCUUAACAGAAGCUUUUUGUAUAGCCAUAUUAGAAGCUGCAAGUUGUGGAUUAUUAACAGUGAGCACAUGUGUCGGAGGAGUUCCCGAGGUUUUGCCCGAUGAAAUGAUUGUUUUGGCAGAACCUGAUCCUGGUGAUAUGGUGCAUGCAAUUCAAAAGGCAAUAUCUAUGCUGCCAAAAAUUGAUCCGCAAGCCAUGCAUAAUCGAAUGAGAGAACUCUACAACUGGCAUGAUGUUGCCAAAAGGACUGAAAUUGUAUAUGAUCGUGCUUUCAAGUGCUCCAAUCAAAAUCUACUUGAACGUCUCUCACGAUACCUCUUUUGUGGAGCAUGGGCGGGCAAGCUGUUUUUCUUGGUUAUGAUUGUUGGAUUCUUGUUAUGGCAGCUAUUGGAAUUAUGGCAGCCUGCAGAUGAUAUAGAGGAGGUACCAGAUUUCACUCUUCCAUGCAGCUGUGAUGAAGAGAUGUUGGAGAAAAACUCAGUGAAAUGAGUAAUGUGAUAAAUUAUUUUGGUGAACCAUGGAGUUUAUGUUUUGCAGAAUAUCAAAAGAAUACAAGUGCUGUUAACACUAAGCCAAGUUCCCAGAUCUUGAAAUGGAGAUAAUCAUCAAUCUGUUGCAUAAAUAUGUGCUAAUUUAGUGUAAACAUUGUUGUCAACAUUACUUUGUUGAGUUUUUUAGUGAAGCACGUUAAUUUGGUCCGUGAAAUCAAAGUUCGAAUGUAUUCUGUACAGGAGCAUCUAGGACCAGAAGUAAUUGUAGAGUGAUCCUGAUAUCCAAAUAGGCACCAGCUCUUUCUAUGAAAUGAGAUUUUUUUUCUCCCUUU